AGCUUUUCAUCCUCGUGCAAAACUCCUGGAAUCUUUUCUCUAUAAACUCAGUCCAUUCACACAAAUAUCCGGUCCAGAUGAAAUUCGAAGUGGUCACUCUAUUUUGGCUCUUUGCCGGCCUUGCUAUGGCCAAUACCUGCUCUGAUCGUUGCAGUGACAAUGCUCUCUGCUGCUGCUGUGAGACCACACAUAAAAUCCCUGGAUCUACUGGCGAAAUCAUCACGACCUGGAGUUCUCAGCCUCGCUGCAUUGGUCAAAAUUGCCACGACAUCUGCAAUGACUGGGAAAUCAGCUCCAAGAACACCUGCAACUAUUUUAACGACCGCUCGGGCUACCAGGCCUGCGAAGCUGUUGGCACCCCUAAUUAUGCCGCCGACUCAAACUUCAGGUAUUUCCCCCAUGGAAAUCUGGCGAGUAGUAGCUGGACGUGGGAAUCAGACACUAUCAAGGGCGCUGUGAUCACCAGCAAUGGUCUGAUCAUUUGGCAGCCUAAUAUCAGGAUAAACACUGUCUGCAUCUCCUACAAGGGCAAUGGUGGAUAUCACUGCUACAAACGGCCGGCAUAUGCUGCCUGCACGCUUUCCGAAAGUGCUGUGGAAAACAUCAACAAUGCCUGGGGAUUUGCUUAAACCAUCGACGGGACAGUACAGUCGAGUGCACAUAUUCUUUUGAUUCAGAGGCCUUCAACAUUGGAAUAUUGCUCCAGUAAUCAACUUACUGAAGUGCUCUAUGUAAUAUAGAUCUCUAUCUCUAGUUCUAUAUCCUAUCUGAGCUGAAUCUAAGC